UUUACCAGUUGAAUCAUAUGUAGCAAAAGCUGAAGAGUUUUAUUGCGCUCUUCAAUGACUACACAACAAUUUCUGGUUCAGAAGCAAGGAUUUUCAUACAUAAUGUCGAAGUUCAUCAUAUUCUUCAUCUUCAUCCCUUUGGUUUACUCAGAGUUACACAGAUUCAUCAUCACACACACUGAAAUAACCGGACAGACGAUUGCAGGAACUUCAGAGUUUUCUGCUGUAACGACACUGGAUGAUCAACAGAUCGAUUAUUAUGACAGUAACAUAAAGAAGCUGAUUCCCAGACAGGACUGGAUGAAGGAUUAUGCAUCUACACCCAUGUGGAAGGAAUACAUAGAGAUCAGAAAACAUGUACAGCAGAUCCACAGAAACAACAUUCAUGAUAUAAUGGAGCGAUUCAAUCACACACACGGUGUUCAUGUGUAUCAGAGGAGGUAUGGAUGUGAAUAUGAUGAUGAGACUGGAGACUCAGAUGGGUUUGAUGAGUACGGUUAUGAUGGAGAGGAUUUCAUCAAACUGGACCUGAAGGAGGACAGAUACAUCACACAUGUACCACAGGGAUUCAUCACAGUGGAGAAGUGGAAUAAAGACACAGCACUGCUUACAUCUCUGAAACAAUACUACAAUCAUGAGUGUGUUUACUGGCUGAGGGAGUUCCUACAUCUGUCUAAAGACACUUUUAAUAAAGCAGAGCUUCCUAAAGUGUCUCUGCUGCAGAAGAACCCAGACUAUUAUACAUGUCACGUCACAGGCUUUCUCUACAGAGACACAAGCAUUUCAUGGAGGAAGAAUGGACAAGCUAUGAGCGAUUACAGUGCAUUUGUGGAGUCUGGAGACACACGACCAAAUGAGGACGGGACCUUCCAGAGGACACUUACCCUGUUUAUCCUUCCAGACGAAUGGAAGAAGAACAACUACACCUGUGUGGUCGAGCACAAGAGUUUGACUGAGCCGAUCCAGAAGACUCUGACUGAGGAUCACAUCAAGACGAACAGAUCUGCAUCAGAUGCUUUAUCUUUCAUGUAUCUGGCUCUAAUCAUCAUCAUCUCAUUUAUUGUUGUACUGAUUGGACUGUGUGUAAUUUUGAAACUGGAAAAAACUGAAAAAUUUUGUCUCUUCAAAGUCUUUAAGAAGACGCCCAUCUAUCACAAAAGUGAACCCUCGCAGGAACAGGCACCGGCUCUGGUCUCUCAGGUCUCUCUUCUCUCCACUCCCUCUAAAGUCCAAGAAACAUCUAAAGACCUUUAGACGGGGUGGUGGUGGCGCAGUGGAUACGGCACAUGCCUUUGGUGUGGAGAUCUGGGUUCGAAUCCACUGUGAGACACCAAUGUGUCCCUGAGCAAGACACUUAACCCCUAGUUGCUCCAAUAUAGCAAUUGUUAUUCGCUUUGGAUAAAAGCGUCAGCUACAUGAAUAAAUGUAAAUGUUUAAAGACUCACCUACAUAUCCUUAAAAUAAUCUUCUUAAGUUUUCUUCCAUCUCUAAUCUUUGCAUUUUAGCAUUUCUUUUAGAAUGAAUCACUUGAUCUGCUUUUCCACGGUCGGGUCAAGCCGUUCUCUUUGCUGAACCGCUCCACUCCAUGAUAUGGCCUCAUUUUCCACUGUGGGACUGAUAUGGGAUCAGUGUUUGUCUUGGUAACACUAGAGUUUACAGAAGUGAAGAGAGGAUGAUCAGAUGUUUCUUGGCCAUCUACAGAGAAACUGGAAGCCAGGCAAAAGACAAGUGACCAAUCCUGAGUGGCGACGUCACUUAUUCUUCACGUAUUGUUAUUAGUCAGGUUUUAUUCCAGCGGUUUCCGGCUUGAGAACGUUCAUAAUGUGCCAAACCAAUCCAAGUGGAAAUACAACCGUAACCAUUUAUUUCCGUUCGUAUGACUGUUCAGCCCGUGAUGAAAGCGACUUUUGUUGUUUUCCUCAAUUUUCCUUUGAAUUUUGGAAAAUUGAAAAACAAAGAAAAAUUGUAAAUAUAUAUAUGUAUAUAUGAUCUAAAAUUCCCAUUAUGCAGAAAACAAAGUCCUACAAAUCUUUACCAAAAACAACAAUUUUUUAGGACUGUCAACAGAUUAAAAUAAUUCAUAUUAUCUGCAAAAAAAAAAAAAAAAGUAAGUACCAUUUUUUAUCAGAGAGCGCUUUCUCAAUCAGAUGUUUAUACACAUAUUUUAUACCUGUAAGUACUAUAUAUGUGCCUUGUUUCCUGUUGAAAUAUAUGUAUAUAUUUCUUUGUUUGUUCUGGAGUCCAUGAUCAAUUUAAGUUUCCUCAGUCUGAUGAUUUCUCAUUGAAAAGAUCUCGUUUCAUCCUGUUUGUACAUUUUUUAUUGGUCUUGCCUCAUUUUCUGAUUAUAUUAGAUAAUAAACUCAUAUACUGUUGUCAUUGA